AUGUAUCUUGCUACUUGUCAGGAAAUGAUGACCGAUAAAGCCGAGGAGUCUGCUUUCGGACCCGAGAACCAAAUGAAACGUCACGGAGAACCCAUGACUCUUGCUCCAUCUAAGAGAAGGCCGACCAUGGCGCUGCUGUCACUGAAACCGGAAGAAGAGGGAGCAUCCCAGGCCGGGGGCUCAGCCGUGUUCUUGGAAGAAGAUGACCCCAAGGUCACAGCAAUAUCUGUGCUGGGAGAAGUGCCAGAUAAAAUACCAAUACCAAUGGAAAUCAAUAUAGAAAUAAGAGAUCAGUUGAAGAGGGAGAUUCGACAGUUUGGACGAAAAUAUGGUAGAAUCUUCAAAUUGCUUCAAGAGGUGCAAGGGCCUCCAAAAGUGCAGAAAAAGUUUGUCUUAUAUGCCAUGAAGGAAGCAGCGAGCUACAAAAAACAAGACUUAAUAAGCCACCUUAAGAACAUACUGGAAAAACUAGAAUCUGACCACCUCAACGAAGACAAUCCCAAGCCAAAUUUGUAA